ACCCCCAUGGUCCAGCAGCCCCAGCCUACCGGCUCUGCCCCUGCCUGCUCUGGUGCUGGUUGCGGUGCUACCACCGCUCCCGCCUGCUCCGGCGCUGACUGCGCUGCCACUGCUUCCGUUGGCACCCCCAUGGUCCAGCAGCCCCAGCCCACCGGCUCCGCCCCCGGCCCCGUCAGCUCCGUCGUCGGCCUGACGAGCAGCCCUGCCCCUAGCGCGCCCGCCGCCUCCUCCACUGGCUGCACCGGUGCCGGCUGCGCCGUCUCUUCCGCCCCUGCGCCCAGCUCUGCUGGCUGCAAUGGCUCCGACUGCCCCGCUCCCGCUGUCAGCACCGCUGGCUGCAACGGCUCCGACUGCCCGGCCCCCAGCUCCUCGGCCAUCAGCUGCACCGGUGCCUCCUGCCCCGUCCCCUGCAACGGCGCCGACUGCGUCGUCAGCUCCGCCACCUCCGCGACCACGGAGGCCCACUCCUUCACCUUCGCGUACUCGUCGGGCACAGUGACGCCGACGCCGACGCCCGCCAGCGCUACCCCCUCGCCGCCUGUGUGGACGGGUGCGGCCGGCCGCGUCGAGGUUGCUGGUGGCUUUGUGGCGGUUGCUGCUGCCGCUGUGUUGUUUGUCUAAGCCUGCCCUGCCUGUAUUUGAGGCUUGGUGGUGGUUGUGUGAUAUGAAGGGGAAGAGGAAGAAGUAGGAGGAUGAAGGAAAGAGGGGAGAGUUGUGGUGUGGUGGGUU